CUCGUAGACUCCUUGCAACUGUCUGCUCUCCUCUUCGUUCCUCGUAAUCCGCUCACAACAAACUUAUCUUGCGAUCGCAGCGUCACCUGGACAGACCGUCACUAUGAAAAGGCACGCCCGUACCCCCGGACCUCCAGGACAGCAACGGCGACGACAACGCAUACACCCCAAUAACCACCACCAAUACGAUCAACGAUGGCAACUAUGUUUCCGCUCUCACCGUUCCUCGGUGCAACGAGAGAAUCAGGCGGAACUCCGCCCGAGAUCAACCUUACCGAAGCCGACCAAGCUUCGUCUACCGGAGGCAACACGCAGCCCGGCUCCUACAAUUCCGCGUCCUUCUCGAGCAGCUACAAUCUCCCUGCUAUGCCGACUGACUUUCCCAAGUUGAAGACGGCGAGGAAGGUGGAUAAUGCUGCCGAGGUGAGGCCUGAUGACUGGGAGAUGGAUAGACAUUUCUACACCAAGUGCUUAAACGCACAGAUCCACCCUCUCGUCUCCUCCUUCUUCCAGCUCUCACAAUCGUCGAACCGUAUCGUGGCUCGCUACUGCCAUCUCCACCCAAACACAGACCCAGAAGCGCUAAAACGCGUUCUCUCCUACAAACCAAGAGAAUUCGCUUGGGCCGGUGCCGAUUUGUUCAACGUCACCACAAAGAGCGGUGCACGACAGAUGAUUGUCGUCGAGACGAAUUCCUGUCCUUCUGGGCAGAAGAGUAUGCCACUCCUCUCAGAAUGGGAAGAGCAUGGAGGGUAUCUGAGGGUGUUGCAGGGUGUUGGGUUGGUGAAGCCUUUGAAUAAUAGUGGAGGAGAUCAGAAGAGUCCGGCGACGGCGACGGAUGAGCCGACGCUCGGGGCACAGAAGCUGGUGGACGCUGUUAGUGUCCAACUCGCUGAAGCGCAAUUGAAGGAGGCAGAGCAUGAGGGAGGUCCGCCGGUCCAGUCUUUUGCACCAAGUGCUGAGGCACAGAAGAAGCCACGCACCUGGAUCGCUGAAAGACCGGAUGAAAUCGAGGGUGAUCUCGCUGUUGUCUGGGACAAGAACAAGAUGGAGGCUACAGGCUACGCGAGUGUGUUGGCAGACAUGACAAAGGAGAACGUCUGGUGUGUCGAGUUUUACGAGUGGGAUGAUGAUCCGCCUGUCAAGUGGGAAGACGGAAUCAUGUAUGUCCGUCCAGAGCCGGGCGUGUGGAAGCCGAUUCGUGCAGCGUUCCGGUAUGUUACUGCGGCACCGUGGAAGCGUAUCCCGCUUCGUACCAAGACCCGGAUUUUGAAUCCGAUUGUUGCGUGUCUUGCUGGUGGACGUAACAAGGCUAUGGCUUCCGUUGCUUAUGACUUGUUCAACGCGGAGAUGGCAGGCACUGGACUUCGAAUUCUCGUCCCAGAAACCAUCAAUAAUGUCCGAAAGGAUGAAGUGCCAUUGCGUGUUGCUUCUUGGGGUGGCUUCGCAGUCAUCAAAAAUCCUUACUCGAACGCAGGUCAGGGUGUCUGGACCAUCACUAACGCAAAGGAGUUGGACGAGUUCAUGGCCUUACCGCAAAAGUACGACAAACUCAUCGUGCAAUCCCUCAUCGGAAACGCUUCCUGGUCGUCCACGGCCAGAACUGGCUUGCAGUACCAUAUUGGCAGCAUGCCAGACAAGAAGAACCAGACGUUCGUGUCUGAUAUUAGGUGUAUGAUUACGGCUACACCUGAAGGUUUCAAACCUGUCGCUAUCUACGCCAGACGCGCCAGGAAGCCGCUUGUUGGCCAUCUCGAAGAGGCACGUAAGAAGAAUUGGUCGAGUUGGGAAAUGCUCGGUACCAACCUCUCUGUCAAACUCGCCGACGGUGGCUUCACGACCGAGACGGAGCGCUUGUUGCUCAUGGACCGCAAAGAUUUUAACUCCCUCGGUAUCAGCAUCGAUGAUUUGAUCGAUGGGUACGUGCAGACUGUGUUGAGUGUUAUUGCGAUUGAUAAGUUGGCGAGGAGGUUGGUGGAUGAGAGUACGGGAAAGUUCAAUAUUAAGUUGUUUAAGGCGUUGAAUGAUGAUGCGGCGUUGUUGAAGGAGAUUGAGGCGGCGAAUACGAAUGGGGAGUUGAUGUGA